UCUCCCCCGUAACCCUAAUAUAGAGAACGCCUCCUACACUGCGGUUUUGGGGUCAAAGCAUAUCACGAAUACCUGGUUCUUCUUAUCGAGGUAUGAUAAGAUCAGCUUGGCUAGUAUCAGUGGACCCUUGCCAGUGGCACGCACGCGAGGGUCCCGCCUGCCAGCCUCCACGGUGUCUGGAUCGCUACUCAUGGCUCGAGACCGUCGAACACCCUCCGGCAAUCCUGGAGCGCCACCAAAACGGCAAACGCUGACUUGGCAACACGUGUUUGACUUUGGUUAUAAAGGGGUUAAUUCGUCUGGGUCACAAAGGUCAACUUGAGUCGGUCGGCUAUAAUAUACGAGAAAUGCGGACGACGGCGUUUAGAUACAGUAUCUGUGCACUUCGGAAUCUCUCCAGACCAAGACUGAAGAGAUUUUGUUCUCCUACUUCUCUGCGAGAGCUCCUCCCGUCUGCUGCACCGCCGUAUACACAACAUCCGUAUACUCUACAUUCUACCUCAGUAAAUUCUUCCGCUGUAUUCACCGUAAUCUGCUGCCCCUUACAAAGACACUCUGUGGCCUACAAUGCCCUCAACCUGAGAACUUAUAGCUCUCUCCCCCUCUUGCAAUUUCGACAUUUUGCCAGCAGGACCACAAGCAGCAAAUCUUCGAGCAACAAACACUGUUCGCUACAUUGUGGCAACCACUAUUGUUGUGCUGGGUCUGUCGUAUGCAGCGGUUCCUCUCUACAGACUGUUCUGUCAGGCUUCUGGAUAUGGAGGCACCGUGACAAAGACAGACGCAGGGGACAAAGUGGAGCAAAUGGAGCCAGACAGGGAGAGACCAUAGUUGUAAGGUUCAAUGCUGAUACUAGUGCAGGGAUGAGAUGGCAGUUCAAACCUCAACAGAAAGACAUCACCAUUGUUCCUGGGGAGACAGCUCUGGCAUUCUACUCGGCCAAGAACCCCACUGACAGACCGGUGACUGGCAUCUCCACAUACAACGUGGUGCCUUUCGAGGCCGGACAGUACUUCAACAAGAUCCAGUGCUUCUGCUUCGAGGAGCAGAUCCUCAACCCAAAUGAACAGGUGGACAUGCCUGUGUUCUUCUACAUCGACCCAGAGUUCAGUGAGGACCCAGCCAUGGCCAGAGUCACGACCAUCACUCUCUCAUACACCUUCUUUGAGGCAAAGGAGGGCGAGUCAAUAUACCUCCCUCUCCCUCCUCCUCAACAUAAACAUCAGUAGAUACUACGUAUGUAUAUAAUUGAUAUUUUCAUCUUCUCCACAUAAAAAUAAUUCUACACUCGAAAUGUAUAAUUCAACCUCUUAACAAAAGUUUGUUCUAUAUAUUGGUCACUCAAUGGGCAUUGUUGUUAUAAAGUACAAAAAGUGUUCAGGUGGUAAGAUUCAGAGUUUUGUAACUAUAUAGGUGCCUGGGGCAGAGUUUCGUGGAGUAUGGCCACUCCAGUCCUGUGCAUGCACAUAAUUAUGACUACAGCAACUGAACAUGCUAAAAACACACUGACAGUGUAGUAAAUGUAACAGGGAGAUAACAGUGUUCACAUCUUAUAGUCAUCAGUAGCGUAAGGUGGAGGGGGGUUGGCAGGCUCAGUUGAUCCAUACGUAGGUGGAGGGUUGUAGGUGGGGGUUACAAGGGGUGGAGCAGUGGGUGUGGCAAUGGUGGCAUCGACCGGAUCAGCUGGGGUCUCCAUGGCAACAGUGGGAAGGUUCGUGUACUUCUGACUUCGCUUCCGGACGUACAUGAUACACACGGUGAGCACGAUCAACAUCGUUACCAGCACAAACAGCAGGGGCAGGAGGACAAUGAGGACGUAGAUCCAGACGCGAGGAUUGCACGACCAGCUAUAGUUGAGGUUUGAAUCGGGUCCACCAGUAUCGUCGCUAUUGACUUCUAGCAGAGCCACAUAGCCUGAGCGAUAGGGCACCGAAACGGAGCACUGACCGUAGAAUAAGAUGUUGCAGGAGUGGUAGAUGCUGACUUGGUUGGGGAGGUACUCUGUGCGGUUCAAAACAAGAGUCGCAUCCAGCGGAACGCUACGCAGCUGGAGAUUGUCAAACACGAAGUAGUAGGUGUCCUCGGAAGUGAAGACGAACGGGAAUGUCAUAAUUGACUGCGAACAGGGAUUAGAGACGGUAAACUGAGUCAGAGUGUGGUAGCUAUCUCCAUCGUCUUUCCAGCUAUUGAAGUUACUCUUCCCCUUGAUGAGUGCAAACGUGAGGGGCCCACUCGUUCCACUCAGACAGUACUUCAUCUCCAUUUUCGACCCAGGGUAGAGAUAGUAGUAGAGAUACUUGUAGUUAUCGGCUGGAUUGUCAGCUUCGAACUUGGUCGUGAGGUUGUUCGUGGGGCCAGAGAGUGGUGGAGUGCUGCGGAGAAGAUAGAGAGUGGCAGAGUCGUCACCAGAGAGGGUCAGCCCGUCGCAGAACGAAGAAGAGUGGGGCAGGAUUCGCGUGUCUCCGGGAGCAAAGGCUCUGUCAGAGUUGCUGUCGUAGUCAUUGUAGCGAAUCGAGAGAGACACGCUCAGGACGAUGAUGAAAGUGACGACAAAAAGCAUCCCGAUGCAGAAACCCCAGCCCCGGUAGAAACGGGCUCGCUGGUACCUAUAGUAGCCGGCAUAUCCGUAAGGUCCCCAGCCCCAACCCCACCUGUCACCCCAGUGAGGUCCGACAUGGUGGUGGUGUCUUCCCCAACCGUGAUGAUGGUGGUGGUGUCCCCAACCUCCCCCUCCUCCUCGGUGAUGAUGAUGAUGUCCCCCUCCCCACCCUCCUCCGUGGUGUCCUCCUCCGUGGUGCCCGCCUCCGUGGUGCCCGCCUCCGUGUGGCAUCUCUCACAUUUAAGUCAGCAGAAACUGUGUAGAGACGAUAUCGAAGUUGUACUGGAGGACAAAGAAACAAGCUACGCUUGCUCGGAUGAAUGAACGGCUUGUAGGCUAACUGGCACCGCUCUCGAUCUAGUUUUCCGC